UCAGUGUUCGCUAUCUAUUGACUGCAGGCGGAUCGUAUCGCUCAAGCUAAGCAGCCACACUGUUGUAAACAAUGUUUACAAUCUCUUCUAGCGCUGUAUAACGGAUAUAAAGAUGUCUCAGACUUCAUGUAGAAUUUGAUAAGCUCUGCUGUGAUCCAGCCAUGGACAUGUUUAAUAAAGUGACGGCUUUUCUGCAACAGGCCUUGGAAACGAGGGAGCCGUCGAUAAACCUGCUGGACUCUUUUGUGGAUCACUGGAAAGCAAUAACCAACUAUUACAUUGAGACUACAGAUGAGUCUCGUCCGGUGAAGCAGACAGACAUCCCAUGGCGGCUCAGACAGAUGCUGGACAUCCUGGUGUAUGAGGAGACACAGCAAGGAGAGGAAACGGGUCCCUGCAUGGAGUACCUGCUCCAGCACAAAAUACUAGAGACACUUUGCACGCUGGGAAAAGCACAGUAUCCUCCCGGCAUGAGUCAACAAGUGAUGCUGUUCUUCUCUAAAGUCCUGAAUCAGAUCCAGAAACCUGUGCUGCAUUUAAUCAAUGUCUAUCGGCCCAUACAGAAACUGAUCCAUUUAUGUGGCCUCCCUGAUUCAAAGACUGAAACUGAGGAGUCUCAGUUUAUAUUUGCUGUUUGCGCUCGUGUCAAAAAAGACCCUUAUGUCCUCAACUAUAUCCUUGAGAUUACCAAACACUUUCAGAAGAGGUGCAGCUCUACCUCAGACGAGGCUGGGGCGGACGGCUGCAGUGGAGCCUCCAGUCCUGAGAGGGCUCCGUCUCCACCGCCUCCCUCUUCCAGCACUGCCUCCUCCAGUUCAGCACAGAGCGGAGCUCAUCCCUCCAGCUCACCUCACACAGCCACUGGCAUUAUCCCUGUACUCAUGCACCUGGGGAAAAGUCAGAAAAGUCGUGUUGUGCUCAGAUCCAUGGAGAGUUUGCUGCUGCUGGUCAGUUUGCCACAGGAAGAGACUGGACAUCUGCUGGCUGAGAAAACGCCGCUGUGUGAUCUACUCGCUCAGAGACUGACUGAACUUUACUGCCUCAUUCCCUCAUCACUCGACCCCACAGACAUUCACAGCUACUCUGGUGCACAGUGGAGGGAUCAGUUCACACAGGACAGUGAGGAGGAGAGCCAGUCAUUCCCUGGCAGUGAAAACGUCCACAGGUUCUUCUGCUUUUUGGACUACUGCAAUGAACUCACCAAGGAAGCACCAAGGGUACUUGGUUCUAAAAUGGCCAGAAAAAUUCACCUUCAGUGGCUUAAAGGAGUCAUUGAGCCUCAUCUGCUUCAGAUGUCAGAGGUUGGGAUCCUGGUACACACCGCUCUACUAUCCUGUUCUGUACGUCACAUACAUUCACCUGCGCUCCUGGAGGAACUAGUGCAGUUUCUGCUGGGCAGCGACACACAUUGCGAAAAGCGACAGGACACGCAUACACACAUUCUACGUUACCGCCUUAUUGAACACUGCAACCACAUCUCAGACGAGAUCAGUAUCACAACAUUACGUCUCUUUGAGGAGCUUCUGAAGAAACCCAGCAAGAGCAUCUUGACCAAUCUGGUGCUGCGAAAUCUUGAGAAACGCAGCUACAGGCUGCCCGGGUCAGGGGUCGUGGACGAGACACAGAGAGCGGAGAGUGAUGUUCUGGAAGAGUCUGAGGAGCUGGAAGAGGAUCCCUUCUUUACAGACAUGUAUGAAGACAGUGGGUUCGGCGGCCAGGAGCCUCUUCUAUCUCUGCCCAGUGUCAGAGAGAGACGUAAUCCCAGUGUGCACACAGAAGUUGCAGACCUCGUCAACAGCUUCUUGUGUUUAGUGCCCCAAGAGGCAAAAACAUCCCAUCUGGUGCAAGGAGCAGGAUAUGACACAUACGUUCAUGAUGCACACAAACUGUUAAAAGAAUGUACAGCUCUUUCAAAGGACUGGAACUGGCCAGAUUCUGCCAAAACCACUGAAACCAGCCUGGCUACAGACUUCUAUGAAGGGUACUUCCUACAAAUCCUGUUUGACAGGAUUGCACGCAUACUAGAGCAGCCAUAUGAGUUGAAUCUGCAGGUGACGUCCGUUCUGUCCAAGUUAGCUGUUUUUCCUCACCCUCACCUGCAUGAGUACCUGCUAGACCCGUACAUCAGCCUGAGCCCUGGAGCACGAUCCCUCUUCUCCACUCUAGUCAGGGUGAUCGGAGAUUUAAUGCAGAGGAUCCAACACAUCCACAAUGUGACAGACAAACUGAUGAUGAUCAGGAGACAGCUGCUGGGACUGGAGGAGGAGACUAUGGUGGAUCAUGUGACCCUUUUAAAGGGUGUGAUAGUUCUGGAGGAGUUCUGCAAGGAACUGGCUGCCAUAGCAUUUGUCAAACUACCCGUAGAAGAGCAGUGAACACAUGAUGCUGAAACCAAAGACUACACAGAGGAUCAGCACCCAACAUCUGUUGUUGGCUCCAUCACUGGGAGAAAACCGAUUUGCACAGAACUGAGUUAAGUGGCAAUAUCUAUAGACAUAAAAGUCACUUUAGUUGAAUGUUGUCAGGGAGGAGUCAACCCGUCUGAUGGCAGUUUUGCCCAAGAAAAAAUAUUUUUAAAGAUUUCAGACUGCCGCUACAGGAUUUCACAAUGACUCUGUGAUGUAUAGUACAAAGUCGCUUAUUCUUCACAGUUGCACAUUUUGCUGAAUGAUAACAUUUCACUGUAAGUGGAAGCAAUAGAAAAAAGUUUUUACUACAUACUAUAUUUUAUAGUUUUAGGCCCAAUCAGUCAGGUCUCUUUGACUAUUAUGGUCCGUCACAUCUAUUAAUGUUUUUUCAUUCAGAUGUGCACAUCAAAACCUGAUCUCAGAACAGAAUUCAUACAUUAUGGAUUUUAAGCCAUUGCACAUCCCUUUUUUCUGAAAUAUUUAACUGGACUUAAGUAUAUCAUAAUGGUGUGUAAAGUUAUUUUAUUUAUCUUUAAUCUACUUUUCUAAAGCCUGUGAAUAAUCAGUGUUUUAUUUUUCUCUAUGUAUGUUAUAUGGCUAAAUCAAAGGG